AUGGCCGGAUUUCAUCUUCUUGGAGAUCCUUACUUCCCCUACCAGGGGAACGGAGGAUGGAUGGAGCCGGAACCAGAAGAGGAACCAGAGGAUGAACCCGAAGAGGGACCCGCAGAACCAGUGGUGGACUCAGAGGAGGAGCAGUCCGAUGGGGAUGAUGCAGAUGACUCGAACGCGGAGUCCGAAGUCAUAAAUCCUUCAUACAUAGCUAGGGUGCCCCCAUAUAGGAUAGCCCUUAAGAAUUCUCUGGAGCCUAAACAAAAGAAGUUUAUGGAACAAGUGCUCUCACUCUCAAUAACUGCUCCAUUUGUGAAGUCAAUGGCUAAACUUCCAAAGUUUUCAAAAGAUAUUAUGAAGAAUAGGAAGGAGUUGGAAAAAGCAUCAACCGUUGUGUUAAAUGAGUUAUGUUCAACUACGGUCGUCAAUGGAUUGCAAAUCAAAAUGGGAGAUCCGGGCCAACUAAAUUCGCCUUGUGAAUUUGGCAAUUCUACUUCUAUAAGUGCUUUAGCUGAUUCAGGGCUAAGCAUUAACAUUAUGCCAUAUUCUUUCUACAAGAAGCUUGGUCUACCAAGGCUCCAAGACACCAAGAUGACGCUUAGAAUGAUGGAUCACACAAUCACUAACCCACAUAGAAUCAUUGAAGACUUGUUGGUGAAGGUGGGGAAUUUUGUUUUUCCAGUUUAUUUUCUGGUAUUGGAUAUGAAAGAAGAUGAAGAACUUCCUAUUAUUUUGGGAAGGCCAUUCUUUAGUAUUGCUAGAGCUCUUGUUGACAUCCACGACUCAAAGCUUACACUUCGUGUAGAAGAUGAAGAAAUUACUUUCGAAAUGAGUCCAAAAAUGAUUAAUGACAAACCAAGAAAUGAAGUGUCAAAGAUGGAUGAUAUGGAAGAAGAUCUUGACAAGCUAGUUGAAAUAGAAAAGAUGAUGGAAGAAGAAUUAAAAUUUUGGGAGAAACCUCAUGUUGCGAUUGUUAAAUGUUCAAAGCCGAGAGCUUCAAUUCCUAUAACAUUUGAUAUGAUUGUGUUCACUACACCUAAGGGUCAAUUGGAAGAGGCAAGUGAUGAAGUGGAAGAUGAUUUAUACGAAGAAGUUGAGAUAAUUGAUGAAGAUAUGGGUGAAGAAUGUUUAUAA